AUGAGACGGCUUAUGGAGGUGUUAUUAAAAGAUCAAGAUAUUUUAAAGAAUAAUGUUCAAAAUUUGCAUAUUGGAUUUAAUUAGUAUAAAGUUCCUGCUUUAACCCAAAUUUAAAAUCAAGUAAGAAAAUCUGUGGUUUAACAACCAGAGGGAGAAUCUAUAAUUUAGCCCAAAAUAUUAGCCAAAGAUGAUAGUAAAACAAGUAAGAAUAAUAAGAAGUAAAAUUCGCAAAGUCGUUCAUAAUCAAAUAAGAAGCUUGGAGAUAAAAUUAAUUUUAAAUUGAAUCGAACUAAAACUAGUAAGCAGAUUUUACAUUAAAAGAAAUGA